AUGUCUAAAUUGCUGGGAUUAAUCGAUUCUGUGAAUGGGCUUCCCGACCCUGCUAAAAAACGAUCCAAUACACACAAGAUUCCUUGGGUUUCACCGGAAAAGCUGUACUGCAUGAUAAUAUCCAGGGUGUCCGCUGUACUGGGUAGUAUUGUAGCAGACGCUGCUUCUCUACCGUUAGAAUGGAUUUACAAAGAUUCUACAAUGAAGGAGAUUGUUGGUGAUAAUAAUCCGGAAUUCUGGAAAGAAUGCAAGUGUCCUUUUUUCACUGUUCCAAUGGGACAUAAAAGUUGUUAUGGCGACGAGAUGGCAAAUAGUUUAAAAACUUUGGCGGGCAACGACGGACAGGUUGACCUCAAGAAAAUAUCAUCCGCUCUAAAAGCCUUUUAUGGUUCUCCGGACAGUCCUUACCAGGCCGCACUGGCACGCCGGGCAGAUAAGAAGUAUCCUGUUGAGGGGCCUUGGAUUAACGGGGGAGUAAUACAGUUCUUGAAAAAUUCUAGCGCAGGACAGGUGCCUCCAGGGUCCGCGGAAUGUGAGGAUAAUGAUGGGUUUGCGCUCAGUCUACCAGUCUUCCUUAAGGAUUCUACUCAAAUUAAAGAAGUUGCAGAGCUGCUUACAACGAAUCCCAUGGUUCUUCAACAUCUGGCGGUUCAAACCAGGAUCUUAAAACAUUAUCUGGAGGGUACAGAGGAUCCUGUUAGAGUAUCACAGUCGGAGCUUAAAGAUAAGUUUCCAGAGGUCUGUCAAGAAAUUCAGGAGGUUGCAGAUGCGGUGAAUGCGAAGAGUUCAUUAGGUGAUAUUGUUGAACAGUUUGGGAAAGCAUGCGGUCUACCAGGCUCAUUUCAAGGAUCUAUUGCCGCGUUACUUAUCCACAAUGAUUAUGUCGGGUAA